AAUAGAGAGAUAACAUGAAUCUCCAAUUAAAGGUCUUUUUUAGUUAAGACCAGGAGCUGGCACUUGUUGGCCAAAGCAUUUGCGGAAGGACUGAAGACCUGAGAGUUCUGAGGGUUGUGGACUUUCUUGGUGCCGCUUCAGGUCUCGUGCUCAUUUUGGAAUCAUUUGGCUUGUUUGGAAUGAAUGUGUUAAUAUUUUCAUCCUGACUGAGAGUUUGGACAGAUUCCCAUUUCUCUGGCAGACAUUCAGAGGAGUGACAUUACGGAAACAUUUUACACCUCACUGAGUGAAGAUAAAGCACAGGAGGAGUAAACAGCAAAUAGGUGGUGUCAUGACCCCACGGGAACAGCUAAGGAAGAUAUCGGCGCUGGGAGAGCAAGGUGCCCUAGAUGAGAAACACUGGUACCGAAUGGUCAAUGGAAUGUCUGCUGGAGCAGAGAUAAGGCAAAGGCAGGAGCUCAUGAUGAGGAACCAGAUGGCCAUGACUCCACAGAUCUUGACUCAGGGGCAGCAGAGACUGCAGGGUGUCCCGGCACAGUUUGAUCCCCGCUUCAUGGAAAGGGACCUGAUGCCGCCCACUGAAAUAGUAUCAGCUGACGCUAGACAAAUCCACAUGGGUGCCCACUUCGGCCACUCUCUGCCCACAAACUCCAAUGUUAUUCCAGGCAGAGGAUUCCCUGGCACAGGUUACGGCUUCCUUCCUACUGAAUCCAUGGAGACGGUUGCUAGACGACAGGAGUUAAUUCACAAACAGAACAUAGCCAGGAUGGAGAUGAAUGCUAUCCUGCACCAAAAAGAACUGGAGAACUCCCACCAAAAGGGUCUUAUCGGGAUGGAGAAUCCUAUGAUGUACCAAGGCAUCCAACCCAAUCCAACGACCUUCAGGGGACGCCAGCGGCUCCCAGAUAAUCAUGAUGUAUUCAUCCAUCGCACUGCCCUUGAAGACCUGCAUGCUAACAGUCUCCUAAUGUCAAGCCCUUACCCACCGAUCAACACAUUGCAAAGAGAGCGAGGACGCAGGACCGGCAGAAGGACUGCCAAUCAUAAGAGCUCAUACAGCAACAUCACUCUCCCAAAAGGCCAAUCAGAAGAGAAGAACAUCGAGCAGAGUCCAGGAGUUGCUUCAGGGGAGGAGAAGGAUGUUGAAGGGAAAGAUGAAGUGAGCAAUGAGACCACCACCAGCAAACCACACCAAAACAAAGUAGAAACAGAGCUGUCUUCUGGCAGUAGUAGGAAAAGUUUUAAGGAAGGAGAGCCAGGGAUUCGCAACGCAUGUGUUAGUGGACAGGAGGGCUGUACAGAAGUCACCAACUGCAAUGCUAGCACCAGUGAAAAAGACAUAUCCAGCCACUGCUCGGCUUUUCAUGAAAAGUUUCUGUACCCGUCUGUUUCUGGCCCGCUCACAGGGAUGCCCUACAUGCCCCCCUUGCCAGGAAAUGGACUACCACUUGGACAUCCUACUAUGUUUCUUAAUGGAGAAGAAAUGUCUUCAUUAGACGAUAUUCGCAAGUGGUCAGAUGAUGACGUCUACAACUUCAUCAGUGAAAUACCAAGCUGCGCGGAAUAUGCACAGACAUUCAAAGACCACAUGAUUGAUGGAGAGACCUUACCUCUUCUUACAGAGGACCACCUCCUGGAUACACUUGGGCUAAAGCUCGGGCCUGCGCUCAAGAUACGAUCACAGUUGUCCCGACGGCUGGGUAACAUGUUCUACAACAUGAUGAACUUGCCUCUCGCCGUCUCCGGUCUGCAGCCUCCACCUGAGAAAAGCGGGGACAGAUCAUCAGACAUCAGCUCCCCCCUCAACUGCAACAGUGUGGAGCUGCUCAGCAGCCCAAGAGACACAGAAGCUCUUAAAGCUACAGAACCUGUUAGUGAAGCUGAUAAUCCCUCACCGACCCAGAUGAGUGAGACCACCUGAAUAACCAUGCAGAACUCAGUGGCGGCUGAUCAACAGGGGGCGCUGGGGCACCACCCUCCUCAAGUUAA